CACCCCAUUUUUAUACGCCACUCCCUCUAAUUUUUUUCCAACUCCUAAAAGCUAAAACAAACAACAUACUUCUAUUUACAUAUUUAUACACAAAUCUUUUAAUUAAUUUCUCAACCCAACAAAAUUAAAGUUCAAGGUGCCACAAAUUUCCCCUCUAUUUUUUCCUCUGCAAUUUUCUCUCACCAUUAAAACAGAGCAAAAAACAGAGGAGAGAGAAAAGUAGAUGGUGAGAGAGGUAGAGGAAGAAAGACGGGGUGAUAAUAAGGGAAUGCGAUUGGGUAAAUACGAACUUGGUCGACUUUUAGGUGAAGGGAAUUUUGGCAAGGUUAAAUUUGCUAAGAAUAUUGAAACUGGAAAUUCUUUUGCUGUUAAAAUUUUGGAGAAGAAGAAGAUUCUUAAUCUCAAAAUUACAGAUCAGAUUAAAAGAGAAAUUGCUACUUUGAAGCUUCUGAGACAUCCUAAUAUUGUCAGAUUAUACGAGGUCUUGGCAAGCAAAACAAAGAUAUAUAUGGUCCUAGAGUAUGUGCAUGGUGGAGAACUGUUUGAUAAAAUUGCAUCACGAGGAAAACUCCCAGAAAAGGAAGGACGAAGGCUCUUUCAACAACUUAUUGAUGGUGUUAGUUAUUGUCAUGACAGGGGUGUCUUUCACCGAGACCUCAAGCUAGAGAACAUCCUCAUAGACGGAAAAGGAAACCUAAAAGUAUCGGACUUUGGCCUUAGUGCAUUACCACAACACUUCGGGAGUGAUGGCUUGCUACAUACAACCUGUGGGAGCCCAAAUUACGUUGCUCCUGAAAUUCUCGCUAAUAGAGGAUAUAGUGGUGCUACAGCGGAUGUUUGGUCUUGUGGUGUCAUCCUCUAUGUCAUUCUCACAGGCUAUCUUCCUUUUGAUGACAGGAAUCUCGCUGUCCUUUAUCAAAAGAUCACAAGAGGAGAUGUUCAGAUACCAAAAUGGCUCUCUUCUGGAGCACAAAAGAUGAUAAAGAGGAUUCUUGACCCGAACCCUGUCACCCGAAUAACAUUGGCUGAGAUCAAAGCAGAUCAAUGGUUUAAGCAAGGCUAUGUUCCUUCAAAUCCCGAAGAAGAAGAAGAUGAUGUAUAUGUAGAUGAGGAAGCCUUCUCGAUGAAUGUUGAUUCUGAUGGAGAGAAAAGUCCUGGCCUUCCUAAACACAUCAAUGCGUUUCAGCUAAUUGGAAUGUCAUCAUUCCUUGACCUUUCAGGAUUUUUUGAGAAAGAGGAUGUCUUCGAAAGGAAGAUCAGAUUCACUUCCAAUCUUUCGCACAUAGAGUUGCUUGAGAGAAUUGAGGAUAUCGUAACAGGAAUGGGAUACUCAGUUCAGAAAAAAAAUAGGAGGCUAAAAGUGGUGCAAGGAAAAAGUGAUCACAGAGGUCCAGGAAGCCUUUCAAUUACAGCAGAAGUUUUUGAGAUUAGUCCUUCGCUAUUUGUCGUUGAAUUGAGAAAAACUUGUGGAGAUUCUUUAAUUUAUCGGCAGUUAUGUAAUAAAUUAUCAAACGACCUCGGUGCAUCAAGAAGCCAAGAGUUGUUAAGUGCAGCCAUAUUGAGUGCAGAAACUGUACCAGAGGUUUGCUAGACAACAUAGAUAGAUGCAUCUUUAGUGCCAUUUUCCGAAAAGAGCUAGAGGAGUCCUCUUAGUUUCAAUAUUUCAGUAAAUUGUAAUUAUGUAGCAUGAAUUGUUUUUUUUUUUUUUAUACUUUGGACUAUAUAUUCCUUGCAAAAAGAGAAAAAAAAAAAAAAAAGAAAAAAAAAGAAAUUCAAUGAAAAUUAGCUUCGAUUAUUAUAUGAAGCUGUACAUACUA